CCACAACCGACAUGGACGCGAUGCUGCACCUCAAUCAAAGGUGACCGCUGGCUAUGACGCCAUCGAGGACAAUGGCGAUCCUUCGCCGGCCAGGACCUUUCCUCGUCAUUGUCACCCUAAUGCUGCUCAGCCUCCUGUUCCUUCUGAUGCCUGAUGAGCGGUCCGAAGUCCGAUUCCAAGCCAGCAGCUUCAACUGGACCGGUGUACCACAAGCCCACCCGGUCUCCUCGAUCAAGCCCCUCCCUACCGGUGCACCGCUGCGGCUGCCCCGCGUGCAGUACGACUUUCCUCGCGGCCGGCGAGACCCUACAGCCCGCGCCCGCCAGCGCGCCGUCCGCGACGUCUUCCUCCGGUGCUGGAGGAGCUACAAGAAAUACGCGUGGGGCGACGACGAGCUACUUCCAGUCAGCGGCGGCUCGACGACCACCUACGGCGGCUGGGGCGUGACCAUGGUGGACGCGCUCGACACGCUGUGGAUCAUGGGCCUGCACGGCGAGUUCUACGCCGCCGCCGCCGCCGUCGCGCGCCUGGACUGGGCGAACACGACGUACACGAGCAUCAGCCUGUUCGAGACGACGAUCCGCCACCUGGGCGGCCUCCUCAGCGCCUACGACCUCAGCGGCGAGCCGGCCCUGCUGCAGAAGGCGACGGAGCUGGGCGAGAUGCUGUACAUGGCCUUCGACACGCCCAACCGCCUGCCGGCGGUGGACUUCAGCUUCGCCGACGCCAAGAGCGGCGCCCAGGUGGCCGGCGACGCGGACCCGGCCGCGGGCCCCACGUCGCUGUCGCUCGAGUUCACGCGCCUGGCCCAGCUGACGGGCGACGCCAAGUUCUUCGACGCCGUCGACCGCGUGACGCAGUUCCUGGCCGCGACGCAGAACCGCACCCUCGUGCCGGGCCUGUGGCCGCGCGCCGUCGACUUCCGCGCUGGCGCCGCGUCGCCCGACGCCGCCGGCGACACCACCUUCUCCCUCGGCGCCGACUGCGACUCGCUGUACGAGUACCUGCCCAAGAUGCACGCGCUGCUGGGCGGCCUGGACGGCGGCGGCACGUACGAGACGCUGUACCGGCGGGCCAUGGACGCCGCGGUGGAGCACCUGCUCUUCCGUCCGAUGCUGCCCGGCGGCGAGGACGUGCUGUUCGCCGGCGACGCGUCCGUCUUCGCCGGGAAGGUGGGCGGCCUGCCGCGGGGCCAGCACCUCGGGUGCUUCGCGGGGGGCCUGUUCGGCCUGGGCGGGAAGCUGUUCGGGAUCGACGACCACGUCGGCAUCGGCGGCCGCCUGGCGCGGGGCUGCGCGUGGGCGUACGGCGCGUUCCCGACGGGCGUGAUGCCGGAGCAGUUCGCCAUGGUGCCCUGCGACUCGCUGGACGGGCCGUGCCCCUGGGACGAGGCGAGGUGGCAGAGGGAGGGCGACGCGUCGCUCCCCAAGGGGUUCACCGGCGCCGAGGACCCGAGGUAUCUGCUGCGGCCCGAGGCCAUCGAGAGCGUGUUCCUGCUGUACCGCAUGACUGGUGAUGAUGACCUGCAGGACAUCGCCUGGCGCAUGUUCGAGUCCGUCGUCAAUGCGACGGAGACGGAGUACGCCAACUCGGAGAUCGCCAAUGUCACGGCCACGGGCCGGACGAUGAAGACGGAUUCAAUGCAGAGUUUCUGGUUGUCUGAGACAUUGAAGUACUUCUACUUGAUGUUCUCACCCCCUUGGCUGAUCAGCCUCGACGAGUUUGUCCUCAAUACUGAGGCCCAUCCCUUCAGGCGCCCGAAAUGACAGCCAGUUUCAGCGAUGACAGCACUUUUAACACUUUGCCCAAGUUGAUGAAGCCCUGGGUCAGGGUUUGACACUUGGUCCUCGAGGACCAUAACUGGGAGCCGAAUCGUGCCAUCGUUCCUUUUUCUUCCUUUUCUUCUUCCUUUUUUAGGCCAACGGGUAGCCUGUGAUUGUUGCAAGGCCACGGAGGGAAUCAUGGCAUUGCAUGGCGCAUGGUGCAUGGCGUAUGGCGUUGGUUCGCAUCCCGGGCGGUGGUGUUGAUACCCUGUACAGACAAAUACUCGCGUUUAUCAUCUAUCUAGAGAACAAUGGCAGUCUGCCCAACACCAACUGGGCUAUCA